AUUCUUCGUCUUUUUCUCUCUUUACUUUUUGUUUUUGAUAAGACAACUAAAACCAACAGCCUUCUUUUUACUUUAUUUAUAGACCUAUACUCAUCUCGCUGGAAUGACUUCAACAGCUGUGAGAGUAGGCCUUCGUGUAAGACCUUUGACGCAAAAAGAACAGCUGGAGAAUUGUACAGAAUGUAUUAGUUUUAUACCAAAUGAACCACAAAUUUUAGUAGGCACCGAUAAAUCAUUCACAUAUGAUUAUGUGUUUAGCAAUGAAUCUCACCAACAACAAGUCUACGAAAAAGCAGCCAAACCUUUAUUGGAAAAACUUCUUAAAGGAUUUAAUGCCACCAUUCUUGCUUAUGGUCAAACAGGUUCAGGAAAGACGUAUAGUAUGGGUACAGGCCUCGAGAAUGCAUCUAACCCUGAGCAUGAAGGUAAGGAAAAGCAAUAUACUUUAUAUGCACGUUGCCGUUCAUCGAUUCACUCCUUUUUUUUCUUUUUGUAUAAUUUCUCAUCCUAUUUGUACAACUUGACAGGCAUUGUACCACGUUGUAUAGUUGACCUAUUCCGAAACUUGGAGGAACAAUCCGAGUCCAAUCCAGACUUCAAAUACGAAGUAUACGUCUCCUUCUUGGAACUGUAUAAUGAAGAAUUAAUUGAUUUAUUAAGUCCACAACAACAGCAACUACCUGCUGCUUCAAAACGAAGGAGUGGCAUGCCUCCACCUGCAGCUGCACCGGUUGAAGUAACAAUUCGUGAAGAUAUAGCAGGCAAUAUCUACUGGAGUGGUGUCCGUGAAGAGCCUUGUAGUAACCCCGAGGAACUCCUGUCAUUCUUGGCAAAGGGGUCGCUUUGUCGUACUGUUGGUUCAACUGACAUGAACACUGUUUCUUCUCGUUCACAUGCUGUGUUUUCAGUCAUUUUAAAGCAACAAAAAUCACCCUCUGAACCUUCAUUAACAAGUAAAUUUCAUUUUGUCGAUUUAGCUGGUUCCGAAAGAUUAAAACGUACACAUGCUCAAGGCGACAGAGCAAGAGAAGGUAUCUCUAUCAAUUCGGGUCUGUUAGCAUUGGGCAACGUCAUUUCUGCACUGGGAGAUGACGCUCGCCGUACCAGUCAUGUUCCUUACCGUGACAGUAAAUUGACACGUUUGUUACAAGAUUCACUCGGUGGAAACAGCCAAACGUUGAUGCUUGCGUGUGUAUCACCGGCCGACUCUAAUUUUAUGGAAACCUUAAACACAUUAAAGUAUGCCAACCGUGCACGUAACAUCAAAAACAAGGUCACUAUCAACCAAGAUUUCGCAGGAUCUUCGAUUGAAGUCAAUCAACUUCGUGCUCAACUAGCAAGACUCAGGAUGGAACUUGCUUCCGUAAGACAAGAGUCAAAUGGCAAUGACAAGACACGCUCUAAUCAUGCUGAUGACGAAGUCCGUGCUUUGCGCUCCGAAGUAGCACGACUGCGGGACCGUAUCCAAGACCUUUCGACAAAUUUGAUUCAAGUCACAAGCGAACGUGAUACAAUGGUUAUGGAGCGCGAACUAGGCGAGUUUAUGAACCAAACAGCUGACGAAUCUCUGUCAUCAAAUGGUGAUACUCCUGUUGUACAAAACUCGGUUAAGACACACCCGCUCAUUGCUCAGUACCAGAAGACAAUUGCUGAUUUAACCAAUGAACUCACUGAUACACGCGACCGACUUGGGUUUUUAGAAAACACAAAAUCUGCUGGUAUGCAUGCAAUGGCUAUGGGCAGUAGUACACCUAUGAAUUUUUCAGGCACAACUUCUUUUUAUAGACCAGAAAUCAGUAUGUCUACCGCUCGCCGUCACAGUAAUAAGCCUAGUCGCCGUGGAAAACGAUCUGCCAAUUCAAGCACAACAACCACUACACCAGCAAGGCGCCGAGUGGCAAGACGAGGUCCUUCUUUAUCUCAGAGCUCAAGUCUAAAGACAUCUCGAAAGAGACGUACCAAAAAACGUUACCAAAACGAUGCCGAUAGCGAAGAUGAUGAUAAAUAUAUUAAAGAUAGCUUGAAUGAAGAUGAAAUUAAACAAAGCAUUGCUAAAGCCAAGGCAGAAAUCCAAAAGGGCAUGGAAGUGCUUGACUUGAUCAAGCCUAUGGAAGACGCAACUCAAUCUUGGGAAGACGAAUUGGAAGCAUUCGAAAAGGCUGAAAAAGAAAUGUAUGAAAAAGCUAAUCAAAUUGAGCCUGUUGAAUCAGACGAAGGCAACUACUCCGCAAGUUCUUCACCUAUUGAUGACAGUCAACGACAAGAAAACGAUCUUGAUUUAAUGAUGGAAAUUGAAGCCUUGUCAGUACCUUCUUGGAAUCACAAGUCAACCACAACGUCUGCUAGAAAGCCUCCUCGUCUUGAAGAUGAUACCGAAUCGUCUACUGUAUCCUACUCUUCCACAAGCUCCAAUUUCAUCAAACAACAAGAGUCUGUGAUUUCUCAGACAGAAAAGCAAAAUCCUCAACUUGUUCGUAUGCUUCAUCAAAUCCAAUCAGACAUUCGUGUUAAAGAAGAACUUGUAUCUCAUCUCGAAAAGUCAGAAACCAAGUAUGCUUUUAUGCGUCGCAAGUUUGAUGAAAAAGUAUCUGAACUACACACUCAACUUGCAGAACUCCAAAAGGAUAGAGAUAGAGCCCUUGCCAAAACAAAAUCUAGCUUCUCUUCCGUGCCCAACCGCAAUGAUAUUUCUGUCCAGAUUAAAGAAAAGCAGCAAUUGAUUGAAACACGCCAAUUGUAUGAAAACAAAAUGAAGCAAUUGGUACUAGAAAUUCAUGACUUGAAACGCAACUACACACGUACUAUUAACAACUUACAAUCUACGCGUAAUCAGCAUGAAUCUUUGCUUAAAUCACUUCGUGUGAAUGUGGAAACUCUCAAGGUAGAAAAGAAGCGCAUGAUUAAGCGCAUGAAGCAGGAGACUGAACGUGUACGUGAACAAAUGGCCAAGCAAGAGCGCAAGAUUUCCAAACUCCAAAGACAGCAUACUGAAAUUAGUCAUGCUCGAUUAAAAUUGGAGAAAGAACAUGAGGCUCAAAAAUUAACUUUGAAGCGCCGUGAUAAAGAAAUUCUGAUCAAUAACAGUCAGUUGAAACAACUGAUUGACGUCUUGAAGAAGGCGGUACGUGAAGGUGGAUUGCUCGAUGAUCAAUUGCUGGGCAAAGUGUCACAUAUUAUUGGUGGUAACUUUGCUGCUGUCGCUCGCCGUGGUGGUAUGCGUAACUUGCCAGGCUAUCGUCAACCUCGUAAAAAGAAGAAUCCCAUUCCAGUUCAAGUACGAGUUGCUCGUAAAAAGGAGUUAUUGGACAAAAUGCUGUAUCAGUUUAUUCAAGGUAAACAAGCCAUUGUUGAAAUGGAGCAACUGUUGUUUAGAAGAGAAAGACUUGCCUCAGAAAAGAUGGAGUUGUUGGAAGAACGUAAAAAUAUCUUUAUGGCCGAAAAAGAAGCAGCUGAUAUGACAGGAGAACCUAUGGACAUGCUUGCUAUUGACCUUGCUGAUGAGCGUAUUGAUCUGUUGGAAGCAGAAAUUUCAUACUUAUCUGCUCGCAUUAGAGCAUUGCAGUCUGAGGCUGCUGGUGAAUCAGAUGAUAUGGCCACUGUAGAUGAACGUCUUCAAGAAAAGCGCAAGGUAACAUUUGCUGAUGAUAUUGUAAGUGAUCCUCUACCAAGCGAAGAAUGGGCUGACAUGGAUGCUCUUGAAGAGCAAUUCAACGUGCCCUCUAAUGCUGCUCCUGAGCUUGUUUAUGAUGCUACAUUGAAACUCUUGAAGACUUUGGAGGCUGACGAAUGUCGCAGUAUCACAGAAGCACUUGUGGAUGAUAUCUCAAAUGCUCGUAUGAGCGAAUGUAAUCGUCAAAUGACCAUGCAGAACUUGGAAAAGACCGUACAAGACUUGAGAAGAACUUUGAUCGUCAUGAAGCGUGCAGCUAUUGCCACAACAGUUGAAAACGAACGUCGUAUUCGUAAACUGGAAGAAAAGAACAGCGGUUUUAGCAAGAGUGGCAAUCGUCUUGAUGAUAAGAUUGAAGAUUACAUUAUGAACAGUGGCAACACUAUCUUCGAUAAGAUCUAUGAAGAUGGCCUUCGAGGCAUGAUCGGCACUCCUGAACCAGACUUUAUACUCAAUGAUUCUCCCGAUGAAGCCUCUUCUUCGACUUCUAGUUACGAUAGAAGAAGUAGUACUCAUUCUGAUGGCUUAAUACCUCCCCCUUCACCAUUGACUCUCCCAGCAUACACAAACAGCCCUUCUAUGCUGACAACCAAUCUGAUGCUUUCUCCUACACGUCCUCCUACAAGUAAUGGCAUUCGUGCCCCUGCAUCUUUGACUGAAAAAGGAAGUAUGAUGCGUGUCAGUAGCAGCAACUACCCCACAAGAGAUUCUACUCCUUCUCCAGACCGAUUCUACAAUAUGAUCCAAAAACGUUUGUCAUGGCAGCAACGUGUAGGUGGAUCUGAAUCACCUAUUCCCAUGACAAUGGCUAAUCCUGCUGAAUUUGCACGCUAUGCCAUGGAUCGCGAGUCUUCUACUUCUUCCAUUCACAGUGGUCAUUUGCGUCGUGCUUCUCUCCAGUCCGAUUAUUCUUCCUCACAAAAUUCAUACAAUAAUCAUACAGGCCCUCCUACUGUAUCUUCUUCCCAAAGCUCGUCUCGAAAGCGUGCAUUUUCUGUUCAACAACCACCUGUUCAACCUCAAUUGCUUCAACAAACAUUAGCCAGAAGACGUGCCUCUUUACGUGAACUCUCCAUGAAAGGAAGUAGCAAUGUAUCGCCCAUGAUUCAUAAUAGUACAACCAGUUAUAUGUCUGAGCAUGACCUUGAGGUGAGUAUGUCAAUACAAAGAGGAGCUCCAAAACGUGCACCUGCGAUUAGUAUGUCAAAUCUUGAACGGGUGGGCACACCUACAGGAGGCAAUGUAUUCCGUCGCUUAUCUCAAACACCAACACGUGCAUCUCAAGCAAAGAUAUCGCAUCGUCAUAGUAGCAGUAGCAUGGAUGAGCUCAGAUUGCAUUGGGAGCAACAAGAGCAAAGAUCCUCAAGUGCCAUGAGUGGCUCUUAUUGUGGUGAUUAAUUCUUUUUAUUGUAAUACUACAUUGUGUACUAUUUUGUAAUCUCUUAAUUCUUUUUAUAUAUAUCAUGUUAAAUAUUUUUUGAAUAAAC